AUGAUUUCAUUCUAUCUCAUAUUCAUUGUUCAUUUUUCUGCAAUCAAACCGCUUUCGACGGCGACGGUGAUCCCGUCGCCAUUUCAAUUUAUCUUCGAUUAUCAAGAUGAACAGAUCAUCAAUACAAACUUUACGAUAACAACUACAUUGAUUCGUAAUCGUUCCCAAACGCUUGAUUGUGACAAUCAUCGGUACGGUACGUGUCUGGUAGAAAUGUCCUUAGAAAUCAGAUCGACCAGGACGUCAACCACAUGUUCAUGUCAAGCACCUGCAAUAUUACGUCAAAUUGCUAAUUAUCGGCAUAGUUGUAUUUUACCUAUCACUGAUGCUACUGAACGACCAAUAAUAACAAUGAUAAUCAAUUCCAGUGAUUCCGACGAACUUCUACCCAGUGCGACUGCGAUUUUCCGCAAUGCGCCAGCGUAUUCAAUUGAAAAGCAAGAAGAAAGUUCCAUUGUUGUUCAGACAAAACAAAAUAACAUCCUCGUACGAAGUCUUCGACAUUUAAGAAGUCAAAUCGAUAUGGACGAUGCUGUUGAAAGUGAGCUGAUUGAUCCCGAGUGCAUCUUUGAUAAUCAUGAUUAUCGGUACAGAAAUCCAUUGGGUAUACCACCAAUCAGUCGGGGCGAUGAUGUUGCCACAGCUGAUUUUGCGAAUGGUGCUACUACAGAUGACAAUCCAAAUGAUUCACAAGAAGAAAUCGAUUAUUCUAUUAUACUGAAGUGUACGGUGAUCCCACCUCUCUAUGGUAAUCUGGAUGUGGAAUGGAUUCGAGUGGCAGAUGCGCCGUCCAUAAUAGUGGAUAGUCGUAUCGAUCGGAAUAUUGACCCGGAUAGUGACGGUAUCUAUUUUCCUCAGAUGAAUCGAUACGUUUUUCUCGUACGAAUGAAGGUUUACAUUUAUCUACAAUUUAUUGUUGUUCCAUCGAGUAAUGUCAAUCUACUAUAUGUCGUUACUCAUUAUGAUACAGGAGGAAAAGAAUUUUAUCGAUCGAGAACACAGGAUGAUCCAGUUGUACAACGGUUUUUAAAGAAACCGAUAAAAUAUUUCGAAGUGCAUCUCAAUUCAACGGACAACGGCCUACCACCCAGUGAUGUGACAUUAAAUGUGGCUUAUUGUGUUACACCCCUAGAAAAAUGUCCAACUGUUAUCAAUCCGGAAUAUCCAUUGGAUGACUAUACUGGAACUGUCAAUAUUGACAUUCCAAUUAACGCGGAUGAUGAAUUGAUAAAUCCAGCCGCAUCAGCAGUAGCUCAAAGAAUUCCUGUAGCACCUUUGGUGGUAUCUCCAAAUAUUGUGCCGGGUGUUGAUAUUACUAUUGAUGCUGGAAGUAUUCCAUCGAGAUCAAAUAAUAUCUAUACAGAGUUAGCACCGCAGGAUGAUUUCAUUCCUAUACAACCACCAGUGUCAAGUAUUGUCAGUUAUGCAUCACCCAUUAGUGCUCCUAUUCAACCGCUCAUUGCAAUUCGUAGUCCAGUUAAUCCCAUUGUAGCUGCUGUCGAUGUUGGUAUCAGUAGUGAGCCGCUCGGAGACGAUCAACCAUAUAUUCCAGUCGUCAACCAGAGUCCAAUUGUUGAUCAAUCGCCAGUGUUGAUUCCAACAGCUGACGAUACAAUUCCAGUUAUUGUCGCUCAAGGUCCAAUUCCCAGUAUAUCAAUUCAUCCUUCGAGCCUUUUAGAUCCCGCACCCAUUGACGUGUCGAAUAAUCUUCCUGUGCCGCUCUAUCCAAGUAAUACUCUUAUACCACCCAUUCGAACAGCAGAACAAGUUCCUGCACAUUAUGCAUGCUACAACAACCUACAAGUCGUUGGCAACAUCAAUGUGCAGAACAUAUUUGGCAUCAAUUCACUUCAUCCGUCUCCAUUCUCCGAUAACAUCAACUCUCAGUCACUCUCACCGGGAUAUUCGUAUUCGUCAGCUCACUAUCCAUUUCACACCAUUGUCAUCAAUCUUCGAGUCAACAUCUAUGUGCAAGCACUCACUCUCGGUCCACAAUCCAAUGUUCAACGAUUCGGUCUGCGAUUGUACAAUCCUGACAACGGAGUGGACGACACAUACUAUUCAGCAAUUGCACCACAGUACGGUAAUCAACCAGCAGUCGUUGGUAUUCCGUUAGCGAAAGUAGCAAUUCGACUGUACUUGAACUUGUACACGACAAAUGAUGGUCAACCACCAAACAACGUCAAAAUCGUACUUAAUGCUUGUUUUGAUACGACAGCAGCAAUGAGCAGUGUUGGUAGCGAGAGGAUAGGGGGCCAAUACUAUCGCACUCCAGACGUGUUGCCAACAGUAUUCGUUCCACGAAAACCAUUACCAGAACCCACUAUUGUUACAUACGGUACUGGUGGUAUACCAUUACCAAACGUUCCAUCGAGUAAUAUUAUUGCAAACGUAGAAGUUUUGGUGGAUACGAUACCAUCAGCACCUAUUUCUUUGCCGUAUAAUGACAUUCAAACAUAUUAUUCGGAGAUUCGAACACCAUAUGAUUUGAAUACUAACUCUUUUGUGCCCUUGAGAUCUGGUGUGGCACCAAUAUCAUCACAAGAUUUCGCCGCAACAAUAGAUAUUGAUGUCGAACUAGACGGUGAACCCAUACCAGUAAGAUCUGAUGAUGUGCAAGUUAUUCCUCCAGUAGCAAGAGUGAAUCCUGUUGUAUCAUACUACCAUAGUCCGAUAGUACAGUCACCGGCGCCUACCUAUUAUUCAUUGCCACCCAUUCGAACAGCAGAACAAGUUCCUGCACAUUAUGCAUGCUACAACAACCUACAAGUCGUUGGCAACAUCAAUGUGCAGAACAUCUUCAGCAUCAAUUCACUUCACCCGUCUCCAUUCUCCGAUAACAUCAACUCUCAGUCACUCUCGCCGGGCUAUUCGUAUUCAUCAGCUCACUAUCCAUUUCACACCAUUGUCAUCAAUCUUCGAGUCAACAUCUAUGUGCAAGCACUCACUCUCGGUCCACAAUCCAAUGUUCAACGAUUCGGUCUGCGAUUGUACAAUCCUGACAACGGAGUGGACGACACAUACUAUUCAGCAAUUGCACCACAGUACGGUAAUCAACCAGCAGUUGUUGGUAUUCCAUUAGCGAAAGUAGCAAUUCGACUAUACUUGAACUUGUACACGACGAAUGAUGGUCAACCACCAAACAACGUGAAAAUCGUACUUAAUGCUUGUUUUGACACGACAGCAGCAGUGAGCAGUGUUGGUAGCGAAAGGAUAGGCGGCCAAUACUAUCGCACUCCAGACGUGUUGCCAGCAGUAUUCGUUCCACGAAAGCCAUUACCAGAGCCAGCUAUAAUUGUACCAAGCGGAUAUGUUGAUAACCAAGUUCCUAUAGCGUCAUUGGGAGGAGGAGAAAUUGAUGUUAAUGGCACGAUUGGUCAGCAGUCAGGAUCGUUUGAAAUCUUAUCGUCACCUACUAAGCCAAUACCUUUUUCACGUAAGCCUGGUCAGUGUUUCGAACAAAUUCUCAUAAUUGGCGGCUCACAUAUAACCAUGAUUCGUUCCCGUAAUCCUACGCAUCACAUGGUUGGACCGGAGAUUAAUUUUGGUGGUACAGGAUAUACAUUCUCCUCUGCAAGUGAUGCGUAUGAAUUCGAAAUUCACUUCGUUCAACCCUUUACAAUGAAAUAUGUAUUCAUUCCCUAUUCUGCAAACGUGGAAAGCUUUAAAGUUGAAGCAUCACAUGCCGGGAUGUUAGCUGUGCUCACGUCGAAACCGACGAAUGAUGGACUAGUUGUCGAUGGUUUUCCACCUAUCUUAAUUUCAAUGUUGGUCGUUACGAUUGCCCACACUACAGACGGACAUUUACCAAGUCACAUCACGUUGAAUAUCGGUGUCUGUAAUCCUAUAUAUUCGCCGUCGAAUGGAAAAGGUUUUUUAUCCUCGCAUUCGAAUGCUUUAUUGGCUGAUAGAGAAGGUAAUGAGAUUCCUGAAAUUACCGAUUGCACUCCAAAAUUACAAUUAAUUGAUAAUCCUACGCAAGUUGACCGCGUGGACAUUAAAACACCAGCUGGGCAUAUCAGACCAAAUGAUCUGAUUAAUCCGAAUGAAAAUGGAAUGGAGUUCUAUACUGUCGGCACACAUACAAUUGAUAUCUUCUUGGUAUCAACUCUCGCCAUUGCCUCAGUAACAUUUCAUCCAUUGACUAAUAUCGACAGUUUCAUAUUACAGCUUCAUCAUUCACAUCGUUAUUAUUUGGAAAUUACGUCAAAUAUCGGUUCAAAGAGUAUCAACAAACUCGAUAAUGUUCCAGCUAGUCUCAUACGUAUUAUCAUAUUGGGAACCGAGGACGGUUAUCCGCCGAAUCAUAUACAACCAGUUUCACAACCUGUCAUUGACACAUUUCGAUCACCAAUCAUCAUGCUACCGCAAAGCCAACCUCUACCAUUAGUUCAGCAAACGCUAUACAGUCCAAUUCUCUCUCAACCGCAGCAAAUUCUACCGAUUCAGCGCAUUCUACAAACACCCCAAGCAGCUUAUCUGACUCGAUCGCCCUCUGGAUACACUUGUCAACACAACUAUCAGAUCCUCACUUCUCUGCACAUUCACAACGUCUACACUCUCUCACCAACAUCUUCCAUCUCCGAUCCAACCCUAUCCAACUCACUCCUCCCCCCUGACAACGGCUAUUCAUUUGACUCGCAUCACUAUCCAUUCCACACCAUCGUCGUUACUCUCAAAUUCACCGGAUAUGUUCAGUCGUUGUCUCUCGGUCCACAAUCGAACGUACAACGGUUCGGUCUUCGACUUUACAAUCCACUGAGAAAUGUCGACGACACCUACUAUUCAUCCGUCGAUUCAGCCACCGGUCAACCCGUCAUCUCUAACAUUCACAUGGCAAAAGUUGCCAUUCGAUUGUACAUCAACUUGUACACGACGUCCGAUGGUCAACCACCAAACGACGUCCAGUUGAAGUUUAAUAUCUGUUUCGAUCUUCGUCCAAGUGAACCUACAGAAGAUGAUGUGGGUAGAAGAGUGAUGAUCGGAACACCAAUCAUUCCAAGUCCAUUGAUCGUGGAACCACCGCAGUUACCGAUAGUCCCAAGUGUUAUGAUGAUCCCGAGUAGAAUGAUAGAGCCUCCAGUAGUUUAUGGUGUUCCACGUCAGAUCAUAUCUGAUCCACAACCAGUACGAGCCGUGCCUGAACCACUAGUGGUGGCCACAAUAGACGUUCAAGCCGAUCUAAUACCAGUUGAAUCCAUGGCAGAAACGGUUGUUCGGACUCUUCCAUCACCGAUUGUCGAUGUUCCAAUUGUAGUAGAAGCACCAGCACCAAUCAUGGUUGUGCCACCAUCAGUUGAACAUGUGCGACCAGUCUAUAUUCCGGUUCAGGAAAUGCCAAAAGAGACUGUUUUUACUGUUUCAUCGCCGAUAAUAAAUCAACCUGUACCAGAACUACCGAUCGUGGCUCUCAUACAGCAAGAGCGAAUAGUACCGCAACAGGCUGAAGCGAUAUCUUUACCUCGCUUUGUUCCACCUAAUCCAGUAUAUAACAUACCCGUGUCAGUUGAAGCUAUCGAACAGUCGUAUCCAUCUCUAAUUAUGCCACCUCCUCAAUAUAUUCAACGUAUCCAACAUCCGAUUGCCUAUGAACAAAGUGUGCCGAAUAGAAUAAUACCAAUUCAACCAAUCGUAAUUCCUGUACAACAAACUUUUCAAGCUCCUCAAAGAAUCUUACCUAGUGCAACCAUUCCCCAUUACCUUACUCGAUCGCCUUCUGGAUACACUUGUCAACACAACUAUCAGAUCCUCACUUCUCUGCACAUUCACAACGUCUACACUCUCUCACCAACAUCUUCCAUCUCCGAUCCAACCCUAUCCAACUCACUCCUCCCCCCUGACAACGGCUAUUCAUUUGACUCGCAUCACUAUCCAUUCCACACCAUCGUCGUUACUCUCAAAUUCACCGGAUAUGUUCAGUCGUUGUCUCUCGGUCCACAAUCGAACGUACAACGGUUCGGUCUUCGACUUUACAAUCCACUGAGAAAUGUCGACGACACCUACUAUUCAUCCGUCGAUUCAGCCACCGGUCAACCCGUCAUCUCUAACAUUCACAUGGCAAAAGUUGCCAUUCGAUUGUACAUCAACUUGUACACGACGUCCGAUGGUCAACCACCAAACGACGUCCAGUUGAAGUUUAAUAUCUGUUUCGAUCUUCGUCCAAGUGAACCUACAGAAGAUGAUGUGGGUAGAAGAGUGAUGAUCGGAACACCAAUCAUUCCAAGUCCAUUGAUCGUGGAACCACCGCAGUUACCGAUAGUCCCAAGUGUUAUGAUGAUCCCGAGUAGAAUGAUAGAGCCUCCAGUAGUUUAUGGUGUUCCACGUCAGAUCAUAUCUGAUCCACAACCAGUACGAGCCGUGCCUGAACCACUAGUAGUGGCCACAGUAGAUGUUCAAGCGGAACUAACACCUGUUGAAUCCAUGGCAGAAACGGUUGUUCGGACUCUUCCAUCACGAAUUAUUGACACCCCAAUGGUAAUGGAACGCGUGAGACCAGUUGUGAUCCAAGAAACACAACCAGUGAUACGGCCGCCAUUUAUUAGAACUAUUUAUAGCCCGAUACAAGAACCUCCGCCUAUGUAUCGUGUUGUCGAUAGUAUUGUACCCCAAAUCGUAUCUGUAAGUCGAACAGCGUUUAAGCCGAUUGAAGAGCAACCAGUGAGAGUGGUGCCACAGCCACCAUUGGUUGCCACAGUUGAAAUUCAAGCUGAACUAAUGCCAGUUGAAUCCAUGGCAGAAGCGGCUGUUCAGACUCUUCCAUCACCGAUUAUCGACGUUCCAAUUGUAGUAGAAGCACCAGCACCAAUCAUGGUUGUGCCACCAUCAGUUGAACGAGUGAGACCAGUCUUAAUCCAGCAACCACAGCCGAUGAUACCACAACCUAUUGUUAGAACUAUGUACAGCGAGAACUUAUUGCCAGCUUCAAGCUCAGUUUACACUCUUCCAUCACCAGUAAUUGAAGCUCCGAAUACGAUUGAAAUAACAGCAAGCAUAUCGAUUAUGGAAGAGCCCAAUGUAUACGAGGAGCAACGAUUAAUCGCGCCAAUACCUGUGGAACGUGUGGUAGCACCUCCAAUAAUCUAUCCUGUCAUAAAUACGGCGUACAGUCCGAUUAUGCCUGCGCCGCCGCCAGUACUAGAAGCGCCACCACCAAUUAUUACAGCACAAGUAGAGAUGCAGCCUAUUGAACACCCAUAUCUGCCUCAAAUUGCUCCUAAUCCUGCAUAUAUUCAACAACCUAUCAGCGAGAUACGUUUACCGAGCCGGCCAGUGUCUUACGUGCCCGUUGAGAUUGGAAAGCCGUUAGUUGGUAUGGUUCCAUCACCUGUUAUGAUGCCUCCAGCACAAACAGAACCUGAUUACGUUGUGCGUGUACCUAUUCGAGCUCCACUUAUUCGAACGGAAACAUGUGUUUGUCAGUGCCCCAGAAGUGGUUCAAUAUCGAUCUAUUAUGAUGACAGCCAACCAAGUUGUUCGGUUCCCCUAACGAGAAAACGUCGAGAUCAUCAUCGCAAGAACAACGAAGUCGAUGACUAUUUAAAUUCAAUUAUAUAA